AUGGAUUUUGCGUCUUCAUCAUCCAAACUCCCAUUGAUGUUGAAUGUAAUCAUCAACUUUCAUGGAGAAGACGUCCGUAAGAAAUUUGUUUCACAUCUCGAGUCUGAUCUCUCUACAGUUGGAAUCACUACUUACCUUCACCACGAAAAUGAAGCGAACGCAAUGCCCAUCCAACAACCUAUUCUCGAUCUCUGUCGGAUAACAAUUGUUGUUUUCACCAAAAACUAUUCUCAAUCUGCUUGGUGUCUUCAUCAGCUUCAUCAAAUCAUCAAAUGGCACCAAACUUAUUGUCGACAUGUUCUGCCUGUAUAUUACGAGAUUCAGCCAUCUGAUGUGCGUCUUCAGAAGGGUGAUUUUGGAGAAGCAUUCAAAGCAACUGCAAAACAAACAUUUUCAGCUCAACAACUAGAGCAUGGCAUGUCAAGGUGGAGCCACGCGCUCACCAAAGCAGCAAAUUUCUUUGGCUGGGAUGAGAGCAAUUACAGGUAA